GUAAAUAAAAGAAAUACUCAAGAAAAAUAUAAAUAUGAGCUUAACUAUAAUCUAAGAAAAGCAUAGUCUCUCUCUCUCUCUCUCUCAUAAUACAUAGAGGAGAAUAAAAAAAUGAUGUGUUUCCAAAACUUCAAAGUUCGUAAAUUCUUUACGUCGAGGAACUCCGGUAAAGUAUCUCCAGACACCGUCUCAAAAUCAGCGGAGAACAGAUUGUGGAAAGAAUUUCAAGAAAAAGAUGACGUUCUGAAGAUCCAUGUGAGAUCGUGGUUACCUUCGCCGGAAAAUAUUUUCCGGUGGGAAGCCACCGUUAACGGCCCGGUGGGUUGCCCUUACGAAAAAGGAGUCUUCACCGUCUCUGUUCACAUCCCACCCAAAUAUCCUUAUGAACCACCCAAAAUCACAUUCAAGACUAAGAUUUUUCAUCCUAAUAUAAGCGAAAUUGGAGAAAUCUUUGUUGAUAUAUUGGGAUCACGAUGGUCAUCAGCCUUGACCAUUAACUUGGUGUUGCUCUCUAUAUGUUCGAUUUUAUCGAACCCGGUUGAACCGUUAUUGGUUAGCAAUCAUGCCGCGAGACUGUACCAGAAAGACCGGAAAGCUUACGAGAAAGUUGCGCGAGAAUGGACUUUGAAGUAUGCAAAGGGAUGAUUAGUUGUUCUCAAGUUUUUUUGAUGUCUAUUGCGAUUAAACUAUAUGACUUCUGUUUUGUUUCGUCAGUUUAGUGUCGUGUAAGGUCGUUUACUACCGAGAGAUUGAAUACAAUAGUUGUCUUUGUAUUCAAGACGUCAGCAGCUGCUAAACCUUGUUAAAAAUUG